CACUUUCGUGGGUCGCUAUCCUUUGAAAUGGAGUUAAUUCACGUUUUAGGCAAUUCAGCCAUUUUUGUGAGACAGCACGUCGACGUCGCGUUUCUCGCAAUCAGUUUCGCGAGAUGUUUCAAUUACCCGUUGUUUAAUAAAGUAUUAGGAUCAGAGAGAUUGAAGAAAUAACCUUUUUUUUGUGUACUGUCGUUUUUAAUCGACGUGAUCUACCAUGGCUGCUACUUUCGACCAAUAUGACAAAUCCAGUUGGUACUUCGGCGCGAUGUCGAGGCAAGAUGCUACAGAUUUAUUAAUGAGUGAAAAAGAAGGAGGUGUAUUUUUGGUGCGCGAUAGCACAUCUAUCCAUGGAGAUUUUGUGUUGUGCGUUAGAGAGGAUAGCAAAGUUAGUCAUUAUAUUAUAAACAAGAUACAGCAGCAGGGAGAUCAAAUAAGGUAUAGAAUUGGCGAUCAAAUGUUUCCCGACAUACCAAAUCUCCUCGCCUUUUAUAAAUUACAUUAUUUGGAUACCACAUCGCUAAUCAGGCCGGCACCAAGAAGAAUUCAAAAAGUCAUCGCCAAGUACGACUUUGAAGGAAAUGAUUCGGAAGACCUACCGUUUAGGAAAGGUGAAAUUCUGACAGUGAUAUCGAAAGACGAAGAGCAGUGGUGGACGGCGAGGAAUAGCUUGGGUCAGACCGGUUCGGUACCAGUUCCGUACAUCCAAAAAUACGAGGAAGACAGUUUGACGCUUCUGGAAAAUAGUUCGCGACCAGAUUCAGGUGGCAGCUGCAGUUCGAAUUCAAAUUUGGCACAACAGCAACCACAAUCGCAACUUCUUCAAGAAUCUGGGCAGACAGGGGUACCCAGACGUUGUAAUAUUCAGAGGACGCUACCUGCGUUUGCAAAAGUCAAACAGGCUAGAGUGCCAAAUGCAUACGAUAAAACUGCUCUUAAACUAGAAGUUGGAGAUAUGAUUAAAGUUACCAAAACUAAUAUUAAUGGUCAGUGGGAAGGUGAAUUACAUGGAAAAACUGGACACUUUCCUUUUACGCAUGUUGAAUUUGUAGACAGCGAAAAUGGCGAUGGUAAUCAAGAAAUGUAACACAAGACCUGAAAGAAUAACUCGAAUCGCCGAGGUUAGAUGCAGCAGAAACGUUGUCGUAAUUGUUAGUCCUUGUCAAAUUAUUGCUAUCUAUACUAAUGCGGGAAAUUAUGGUAAAUAUUAGCUAUUCAGCUUGCGCUAUUCCUUAUUAUUAGGUACUCUAAGGUCUUCCUUUUUUUCAUAAUUUCAACAGAAUUCGUAGUAAAGAAAGGUAACUUUUUUCCAUAUGAAUUCAUUGAAACGAAGUAUAUAUUUAUGCUUACAUGUAGAUAUAUUUUUGUUGCUCUUUUGGCAAAUUGAAGAAAGUUGCGUUAUGAUCCUGUAUUAUUUGACUGACUUUCCUUGUAUUUACAUCAUGUAUGGUAAUAACUUAUUCAUAUUUCGUGCAUUGGUAUAGAUCUUCUUUACCCGCCAUAAGUAUAACGUGCCACUACCAAAUCGAACAAGAGGCACUUGAACUUGACGUUCUUUUCAGUUAUUUUGCACGAGCACUAGAUUUGUCUGCCAUAGUGUUACGCAGAAUCUUCCAACAAUUAGUACACGCAGUAUUAAUCAGGAAUAAGUAAAAGAUGAAAUUAUAGAAUUAAAACAAAAAUAUCGCUAAAAGCAAAUGAGAUAUAACGAUCAAUAAUUCUAUAGUCAAAAUAUUUUUCAUAUAUCCAGUCUUCUAUCAUUAUAAGUAAUCAAUCUCUUGCAAUCAAUAAAAGAAAAUAUUUACAAAACCAACUUCCUAUUUGAUUAAUGAUAAAAGAAAAGACUUGAAUAAUUCAUCACAUAGCAAUUUUUGUCAUAACCAAGCUUACGACAUUCGAAAACGGAGUGAGACGUCUUUGUUAAUUAUAAUUGCAUCAAUUACAUCAUAAUUCUUCUACAGAGUUAGCGAAUAAUAGUCUGUGAGGAAAAAAAUAGGCAGCGCUGUGAGUGGAUUUUUCCUACUUUCUCUGUUGUUUCUUUUUUUUUCAAUAUAUAUAAAUAUAUACAUACAAUAUUUUUAUUAUUAUUGAUAAUAUUAUUAUUGUAUUUCCUAUGACCGUAACACAUUAUGAAAAAAAAACCUACCCACUUUUUGUAUAGAAUAGAUUUAGUGAUCGCUACCGUGCCAUUUUUUGUAUAUUUUCAAUCUUUGUAUCAAUUUUUACCAAAUAUUAUGGUGAUCUGGAAAUAUUUAAAUUGUCACAACAUUAUUUUGAUCAUUCAUAGAUAUGUGGCAUGUAUUUACCAAAUUGUUAAAUUUAAUAAGAUGGUGAUAAUGAUGAAGUUCACACCAUACCUAGAAACGCAUAAUAGCUAUAACUAUUGUAUAUUAUAUCAAUUAAAUGUAUGAAAAUCUAUGAUCUUUCUGACUAGGCGAUAUUGUUUCAUUUGGUAAAUGUAAGUAAAAAAAAAAAAAAAAAAAAACGAUUGAAACGCA